UGAAUUAAUCAGCCCAUAUAUAACUAAGCAAGAUACAGUUAUGAGAGCUGCAAUUUCGCCAAAAGAAAAACUGGCGGUGACUUUGCAUUAUUUAGCAACAGGAAGCUACUUUAAGCAGGUGCGGUAUACAGCGAUUAUGUCGCGGCAAGCAAUAAGCGAAGCGAUCAUGGAUACAUGUGAAGCUUUGAUAUACGCUCUUCGAAACUGCAUUAAAAUGCCUAGUACAGCAGAAGAGUGGAGAAGUGUUUCUGAUGAAUUUCGUUUAUUACAUAAUUUUUAUAACUGCAUCGGCGCAGUUGACGGGAAACACGUAAAAAUAAAGCGUCCAAAUGGUUCGGGAGCGCUAUAUUAUAACUAUAAAGGAACAUACAGUAUCGUUGUUAUGGCUAUUGCGAAUGCUAAAAAGGAAUUUGUCAUGGUUGAUAUUGGAUGCAAUGGACGCGUGUCUGAUGGUGGUGUCUUGUUUUACACUAAAUUCUGGGAGCGUUUGCAACAAAAUCGUUUAAAUAUACCGGAAUGGACACCAUUGCCAAACACCUCGAUAUCAUUCCCAUAUGUUUUUACAGGAGACGAAGCUUUCGCGCUAGGCCCUAACUUUAUGAAGCCUUAUCCUCAAAAAAGAGAUCACUUAAUAAGGACUUACAAAAUGAUCCAGAAAAUUGAAAAUCCAUCAGAAUAUGAGAAUGAUUGCACUUCUGGAGUUGUACCACAUACAACACAGGACAAUGAACUUCCAAGCACACCGAAAGGGGCGUACCAUAACUUAACGCUUCAC